UGUAAUAGAUACUAUGAAGAUAUGCAAAAAGUAAAAAAAGAGGGACUUUGGAAUAAACCUGUAAAAGCUCUAAAUUUGAUUAAAAACUUUUGAAUCCAAAUCUGGCAUUGAACUUUUUCAGAAUUGCAUGGAGUCUAUGUACAAAUGUGUUUGACUAUGGGCAAAGGGAACUAUCUAUUUAAAAAGAAAAGUUUACUACUAAAAAUGUUUUGAGAAGGAAUAUUGAUAGCUCUGCUUAAUUCUGGGUUUUAGCAAACAAACUUUUGGUUCUACAGUGUAGUGGUCUAUAUAGGCUUUAAAUAGAGAGAUAAUAUUAUGUUAUGUUUUAUGUGAAUGAUGAUGGGAGGUAAUUUAAGCUUACGGACGGAAGCGCUGUUCCUCAUCUAUCUCACCUGCACCUACAUCAUUUAUGAGUCCUGAUGCCCUGUUACCAUGGUGAGGCCAAGAAUGAGGCACAGUGUGGAAGCAGUGUAACAUUUCCUUUGUUUCAGUCAAUUUUCCUGGUCUUGUUAUAAUUUAGAACAUGAAAUACUAGGCCUAUGUAAUGGGGUUGUCUCAUGCUAUUCUUAUGAUGAUUAAAGGUUUGUGGCAUAAACUAAUUCUUAGGCUUACUCACUGUAUCCUGUCUCUGUUGUAUUGUCAUAUGUUGUAUACUUCUCUACUGAAACCAGCAACUUCCGACUUGAGGCAGUUCCUUGUGAAGGCGCGACAGGGUGCUGUCAGAAUGGUGAAGAUUGUUAUAAGGAGCGAACAGCUGGUGUUGGGAGCGUACAGAGAGGUGUCUCAGAGCUGGGAUCAAGACUAUGACUCAUGUGUCCUGCCCAUGCUGGACGGUCUGGAGCCCUGUUAUAUCCUUUAUCGCCUCGACUCACAGAACCAGCUGGGAUAUGAGUGGCUGUUUAUCUCCUGGUCACCAGACCAGUCACCAGUGAGGUUAAAGAUGGUGUACGCUGCUACCCGUGCCACACUGAAGAAAGAGUUUGGAGGAAGUCACCUGAAAGAUGAACUGUUUGGAACAGUCCAGGAAGAUGUCUGCUUCCAAGGUUAUCUACGACACCUGUCCUCGUCCUCCUGUCCGGCUCCUCUCACCACUGCUGAGCAACAGCUCCAUCAGAUUAAAAUAACAGAGGACGAGAGAAGACGAGUUGCCACCAUAAGUGGACAAGCAAAGACAGAGAUCAGCGUAGAGAGUAAAAAUCCGACUUUGCAGGGCUUGGCAUUCCCAUUGCAAGAAGAGGCUAAACAUGCUUUACAGCAACUUAAACUCAAACGCAUCAAUUACAUUCAACUACGGCUGGACACCGAACGAGAGACAAUUGAGCUGGUGCACACUAGUCCUACAGAGACCAAAGAUCUGCCGAGCAGAAUCCCCACUGAUACCCCACGAUACCACUUAUUCCUGUACAAACACGCCCAUCAAGGACAGGCACUGGAAGCUGUAGUUUUCAUCUACUCCAUGCCUGGGUAUAGCUGUAGCAUCAAAGAAAGGAUGCUGUAUUCCAGCUGUAAGAAUCGACUUCUGGAUGAGGUAGAGAGAGACUAUCACAUAGAGAUCGCCAAAAAGAUGGAGAUUGAUAGUGGAGAGUGCCUGACAGAGGAUUUCCUGUAUGAAGAGGUUUACCCGAAGCAGCAUGCUCUGAAACAAGCCUUCACCAAGCCAAAGGGCCCAACAGGGAAACGAGGGAACAAGCGUCUAAUCAGAGGAGCGGGAGAGAAUGGAGAUGAGAGCUAGAAUCAUACAAUCAGAACAUGUAAAAUGACAUCUGAUACACUUAUUUAAUUUCAACCUCAAUUGCCUGUAGCCUGUUUCUUGUCUUAGCUAUCCUUUUCAUGAUUAUUAUUUUUUAUGUUAGAUUUUAUCUAGUCUUCUUUCACUCUGAAACACAUUCUUACAUGGUUUUCAAUGCCACAUAAAUGUGUUGUUUAGAAAAUGAUUUUUAUGUUAAAGACAAAAUAAAAUCUAU